AUGGCGGCGGGAUCGCGCGCCCUUUUUCUGGGGAUGGACGGCGGCGCAUCUUCCACCUCCGCCGUCCUCCUCGACCUCUCGCGCGCAAACGCCGCUGCGCCCGCGGAGGCGGAAGGAAUGGCGGAAGAAAUGGCGGAAGGCAUGGCGGAAGCUGGUGGACCGGCGGAGCUGACGGCGGAUGAGGCUAUUGCGCACAGUGCCCUGCAAGCAGCGAUGGAGGGGGCGUUGUUCUCAAGACAGGCUAGUGCGCGCAGUGCGCUGCAAGCAGCGAUGGAGGGGGCGCUGGGGGCGGCGGGGGUAGCGGCGGGGGAGGUGGCGGGGGUGUGUGUGGGGAUGGCGGGGGUGGAUAGACCCGCGGACAUGCAGCUGGUGCGCUCAUGGUUCAGCCCCAUAUUCCCCCACCUCCCGCCCUCCCGCCUGCUGAUCCGCAACGACGCUCUAGUCGCGUUCGCCAGUGCCACUCUCGGGGUCAUUCCCGCUGCCGCUGCCACCACCGCCACCGGCACUCUCCCUGACGAGACCGAGGAGAGCAGGCGCAGAGGGAGAGGGGACGGCAGAGGGGGACGAGGCAGAGGAGGAGGAAGUGGAGGAGCAGCAGCGGAAGGGAGUGUGGAUGGGUCGGGUGGUGGGGUGGUGGUGAUUUCAGGCACGGGAACGAUUGCGUACGGGAUAGCAGCAGACGGCAGGGAGGCACGGGCGUCAGGAGGGGGACCUCUCCUGGGGGACAAGGGGAGUGGGUAUGCAAUGAGCUGUGAGGCGUUGGCUGCUGUGCUGCGUGCAUGGGAUGGGCGCGGGCGCGUGACGGCUCUGACAGAGGCCGUGCUGGGGCAUGCGGGGCUGGGGAGUCCCAGCGAGCUUAUCAGCUGGGCCUAUUCUGACCCAGCAUGGGCGCGCAUAGCAGCGCUCUUCCCCUGUGUGCGUGGAUGUGCAGCAGCGGGCGAUGCAGCAGCCAUGGCUGUCAUUACAGAUGGAGUGGAGGAGAUGGCGCUUUCUGCUCAUGCUGUUGCCUGCCGACUCGGCUUCCCAGAGUCGCGCCAACCGUUCCUUAUAGUCACAGCAGGCGGUGUGCUCACUGACAGUUCGCCGCCCAACAUCCCGCGCAUGUUUGACCACCAAAUCCGCAUGCUACUGCCCUCUGCUGUCGUCAAGCCGCCCCAG